AUGGCAACGCUAUUCUUCCCCUGGAAAGACCCAGCAUACCACGGCGAUGAUGUAGCAUUUUGGAUUGCAGCAACUCUAACAACCAUUUUCGCUGCCUUCGCCGCGCCCGUAGCGUCCGCUGUCGCUGUGAGUUUUGUCGGUGCUGGUGCCUUUAUGGCAGCUGGGAACACUUAUCAAUUUCAGUCUAUUCCCGAGGAUACCAAGGUCAACGCAACUGAUAAUGCUGAAUUCGUGCCUCAGGAUAUGAUAGGUCCCAAAGAGAAGCUCGGACUAUCCGAGGUCUGGUUGACCGUUUUUGGAGUGCUUAUGAAAAAGCCGCAGACAGGGGGCCCAGAUGAAAGCCAUGUUAUGGAGAAGGCGCAUGUGGUUUGUCGGGCUCCGAGGACCCUGCCUCCGAAGCAAGAGUGA